UGCUUCUUCUCCGCGUUUCUCUGUUGCCAAGAGAAACGGAAACGACGUCAGACUAAACCGGAAGUGUAGCCGUAGCCGUCAUUGUGUAGAGGUGGGCUGUGAGCUGGUUGUCUUCACUGCGAAAAUGCCGGAAUUAGCAGUAGAAAAUGUGGUCGUUCACCCCCUGGUAUUGCUCAGCGUGGUUGAUCACUUUAACAGGAUAGGAAAGGUUGGCAACCAGAAACGAGUGGUUGGUGUCCUUCUCGGAUCUUGGCAUAAAAAAGUUCUUGACGUCUCAAAUAGUUUUGCUGUGCCAUUUGAUGAGGAUGACAGGGAUGACUCUGUGUGGUUCCUGGAUCAUGACUACUUGGAGAACAUGUAUGGCAUGUUCAAGAAAGUUAAUGCCAGAGAAAGAAUAGUCGGAUGGUAUCACACAGGACCCAAACUACAUAAGAACGACAUCGCCAUCAAUGAGCUCAUCAAGCAGUACUGUACCAAUUCAGUCUUAGUCAUUAUAGAUGUGAAGCCCAAAGAUCUCGGCCUACCCACAGAAGCAUACAUCUCUGUGGAGGAAAUUCAUGACGAUGGUACACCAACAUCCAAGACAUUUGAACAUGUCACCAGUGAGAUUGGAGCAGAGGAAGCCGAGGAAGUGGGUGUGGAGCACCUGCUCAGAGAUAUCAAGGACACCACAGUGGGAACUCUAUCGCAACGGAUCACAAAUCAGGUCCACGGCCUGAAGGGUCUCAACUCCAAGCUGUUGGAAAUCCGCUCCUACUUGGAGAGAGUGACGGCAGGAAAACUCCCCAUCAACCACCAGAUUAUCUACCAGCUGCAGGAUGUCUUUAAUUUACUGCCAGAUGUGAAUCUACUGGAGUUCACUAAAGCCUUCUACCUUAAGACCAACGACCAGAUGCUGGUGGUCUACCUUGCCUCGCUCAUACGCUCCGUGGUAGCUCUGCACAACCUGAUCAACAACAAGAUCUCCAACCGCGACGCAGAGAAAAAGGAAGGACAGGAGAAGGAAGAAGGCAAGAAAGAGAAGAAAGACGACAAAGAGAAAAAAGACGACAAGGACAAAGACAAGGACAAGGAGAAGGAGAAAGCUGAUGGUGCCAAGAAAGAUGAGAAGAAGAAAAAAUGAGUGCUCCCUCGUUAAGGUCUUCUCUCAAAUCAUGCCAUCUUCAUCAGGAUGGUGCUCUACUUUCUGGCCCCAAUCACAGCUCUGUAUGUGGGUCUCAGGCUAAAAGUAGGACUCUAUAUGGGGAAUGGUGUCAUUUGAGAUUUGGCCCCGUGGUCCCAAGUGGCCCUCAUAAAGACUGUUAUUAUCGGGCAGAGAUGACAAUGAUGACGAUGUAUGCGUCUUUGGUGUUCUGAACUACGAAAACAUUUUUAUUCUGUUUUCAUAGUUUCCAUGCGCCAGGUGUUGGUACAACACUUGUCAUUGAUUUUUUUGUAAUAUGGGAAAAAAAUGUUUUGUUUCUGUAUCACUCAUUAAAUUGGGAACAUAUUAAAAUGUGUGUUUGUGGUUUUCACUGAAUGUUUAUAUACCUGUCUGUAAGAAUAUGCUCUGACAAUGUAAUGUAUGUGUGACACUGUCGGCCAAAUGAUUAUAAACUCUGUUAUACAGAUGAGAUUAUAUAAUAUAAUCUGUCCACGGUAGGUAUAGCCAUAUUUAUUCAUAUCAAUAUAUAUUUAAGUGCUACAAAAGAGAAGAAGCAGUUAGAAUAAACCACUUUAUUGGCAUGACAGGAUUGUAAACAUGUGCUCGACGUAAACAUCACGUUUAGAAGAUGUUUAACCCUCGAAAGUUAUUUGUGAAGAGCCGAUCCCACCUGCUGAUGAGGACCAUGUGAAAUAAUUGAAAGCUCCACGACA